AUGGAGACCAGCAGCCCACGGCCCCCGAGGCCCAGCCCCGGCCCAGCGCUGAGCCUGGACGCCCGGCUGGGCGUGGACACGCGCCUCUGGGCCAAGGUGCUGUUCACCGCGCUCUACGCGCUCAUCUUCGCGCUGGGUACGGCCGGCAAUGCGCUGUCCGUGCACGUGGUGCUGAAGGCGCGGGCCGGGCCUCCGGGGCGCCUGCGCUACCACGUGCUCAGCCUGGCGCUCUCCGCCCUGCUGCUGCUGCUGGUCAGCGUGCCCAUGGAGCUCUACAACUUCGUGUGGUUCCACUACCCCUGGGUCUUCGGCGACCUGGGCUGCCGCGCUUACUACUUCGUGCGCGAGCUGGGCACCUACGCCACGGUGCUCAGCGUGGCCAGCCUGAGCGCCGAGCGCUGCCUGGCCGUGUGCCAGCCCCUGCGCGCCCGCCGGCUGCUGACGCCGCGCAGGACCCGCCGCCUGCUGUCGCUCCUCUGGGCCUCCUCGCUCGGCCUCGCCCUGCCCAUGGCAAUCAUCAUGGGGCAGAAGCACGAGCUGGAGACGGCGGGAGGGGAGCCGGAGCCCGCCUCGCGCGUGUGCACCGUGCUGGUGAGCCGCUCCACACUCCAGGUCUUCAUCCAGGUGAACAUGCUGGUGUCCUUCGUGCUCCCCUUGGCAUUAACUGCUUUCCUGAACGGGGUCACCGUGAGCCACCUGGUGGCCCUCUGCUCCCAGGUGCCAUCCACUUCUGCCCCAGGCAGCCCCGCCCCCAGCCUCGCGGAGCUAGUGAGUCAGGAGAGGAAGGCACUCUCCCUGGGGGGCCAGGCCAGCCUGGUGCGACACAAGGACGCCCGCCGGAUCCGUGGCCUCCAGCACAGCAUCCAGGUUCUCAGAGCCAUUGUGGCUGUGUAUGUCGUCUGCUGGCUGCCAUACCAUGCCCGCAGGCUCAUGUACUGCUAUGUUGCUGAUGACAAAUGGACCGACGUGCUCUACGAUUUCUAUCACUACUUCUACAUGGUGACCAACACGCUUUUCUACAUCAGCUCCGCAGUGACCCCUGUCCUGUACAACGUCAUGUCCUCCUCCUUCAGAAAACUCUUCCUGGAAGCCCUCGGCUCCCUGUGUCGAGAGCACCACCCCAUGGAGCGUUCCCCGCAGAAGCCCCAGAGCCCCACCGUAAUGGAUACAGUGUCCGGCUCCGGGGCUCCCCCAGAAACCCCAACCCGAAUGAAAUAG